AUGCGCGACCUGCAUAUCGGCUCGUCCACUGAGUACGCACACCCCUCUGAAAGUCCCGAGCGACCGCAGUCGGCCGGCCGCUUUCUUACCCAGACGGAACUGCUACCGGGCACUAGCCAGAGUCUGCACCUCAGACUCGGGGGCGGCCUGUACGCACGGGAGACGAGACCGACGCCAGGUCAGGAAGGAGACGAAGCCACCCAACUCGCCGCAGAAGACGCACGCCUCCUCAUUCCCUACCAGGAUCCUCCGGCCACCGAGACUCCCGGCGACCUGUCAUCCUCUCUGUCGUCUACGCUCCCCAUGGCCGCCAUGUUCACGCGCAGCAAGAUGAUCGGAUGGGCUUCGUUCAUCGUGGCCAUUCAGAACUGGUUGGGAGAGAGUGAGCAGUCCAAGAGGGGAACUGCUAUGCCUGGCAUCUUCACCGUCGGCAUGUCCUUCAUGGCCCUGACGACGACCUACAUGAGCCUUUUUAUCCCCCCGGUGGGACAAAAGGGUGCGGCCCCCGCUGCUGCUACUGCGUAA